AUGGCUAGUGACGAACAUAAGCGUUUGGCUCUAUAUUUAAAGAAUGUUCAUUCGGCACUUAGAAAUAAAACUGCCGUUGAAGGGGUGAAUAAGGCAUGGUUAGAUCACUGUGCGAAUAAAGACGUUUUAAAGAAAUAUUCUUUAUGUAUGGAAAAAUUGGCUAACACACAUUGGGAACAAAACUCUUCGAAUAAGCCUAGUUUAUUAAAAUCUCGAAUACAAUGGUCUGCAGAUUUUUGUUAUGAUUAUUUUAAUAACAAUGGCUUACAAAAAUAUGAUGAGAGAGAAAGGAACAUUGGUGAUAAAAUUGGUUUAAAAGUUAACAUGGAAGAGCUAUUUUCAAAACCAUAUAAAUUACUUGAUGUUGGUAGUUGUUAUAAUCCAUUUGAAAUGUAUGAUUUCUUGGAGGUAUUUGCUAUAGAUUUAUGUCCUGCUAAUGCCUCAGUAAAAGAAUGUGAUUUUCUAAAUGUAUCUAUUGGACCUAAUGAAAUAAUAACUGAUAAUAAAGUUGUACAGCUUCAAGAAAACUAUUUUGAUGUUAUAACAUUUUGUUUUCUUCUAGAAUAUAUUCCUUCAUCUGAAUUAAGAGUUGUUGCUUGUGAAAAUGCCUACAAAUUAUUAAGAAUUGGUGGUCUUUUAAUAAUUAAUACACCAGACUCAAAGCAUGUUGGAGCGAAUAGUAAAUUAAUGAAAUCUUGGAGAUAUUCAUUGGCAACUAUGGGAUUUUCUCGAAUAAAAUAUGAAAAAUUUAAACAUAUGCAUUGUAUGGCAUUUAGGAAAUCAUUACAUAAAGAUAUUGCAGUAAGAUGGUCAACAUUAUACAAAGAAUCUUAUAUGGAUGGUAGCAUUAAGAUACCACAAGAUUUUAAUAAGGAUGAAAAAAAUAUUGAACCUGAAAGUUUUACAAUUGAGGCUGAAGAUUUUAAUGAACUUCCAUUAUUAGAUAAAGAAUUAUUA